GCACCGUGCUCUCUGACCACAGCGGAAGAACUGAUAUAACUUCAGUGAUGUACGUUUUACCGGUGUUUGUCUGUGCUGCACGCUAAAAGACGGCUGUUUGCACGGCUUCAGACCCGAUAACCGUUCCCAUCUUCGCUUUGGUUCUGGUCCGUCCACAUAAGCAGAGCGGAGGGUUCUCUCUGUGUCUGUGCUGAUGCCCCGGGGAGCAGAGGUUAAACCCGGCGUACCUCACUUGGAUUUCUCCUAAGGUGUUCCAGUGGAUAGCUCAGAUGGGCAUGCGCUCAGACCGCCCUUGUGCCCUCCUCCGGCCCUCCACUUUGGGGCUGAUGGUGCUCCUGGGGCUGCUAGUGCUGUCCGUCUGGGCUGAGGGCAGGGACUUCUACGCUUUGCUAGGAGUGAGCCGAGGAGCCAGCACCCUAGAGAUCCGCCGCGCCUUUAAAAAGCUGGCCCUGACCAUGCACCCGGACAAGAACCCGGGAGACGCGUCAGCUCAUGAGAAGUUCCUCCAGGUGAACCGGGCCUACGAGGUUCUGAAGGACGAGGAGCUGCGCAAGAAGUACGACAAGUAUGGAGAGAAGGGCCUGGACGAGCAGCAACAGGGCGGCCGCUACGAGAGCUGGAACUACUACAGAUACGACUUUGGGAUCUACGAUGAUGACCUGGAGAUCAUCACUUUGGACAGUGGAGACUUUGGUGACAGCUUGAACUCUGGAGAGAUCUGGUUUAUCAACUUUUACUCUCCACGAUGCUCCCACUGUCACCAGCUGGCUCCCACCGUGGAGAGAGGUGCCAAAGAGAUGGAUGGUGUGAUCCGGAUAGGGCGCUGUGGAACUGUGGGGGACAACCACCAGCUGUGCCGGAGGAGAGGCAUCCACAGCCUACCCCAGCCUAGACUCUACAGAGUUGACCAGACUCCAGAGAAGUUCAGUGGUGAGCGCUCCAAGGACAACCUGGUGCGCUUCUCCAUGCAGUUUAUCAGCACUGUGGUCUCUCAGCUGUGGCACGGGAACGUCUUCAGUGAGAUUGAGGAGGCGUUCUCCAAAGGCAUCGGAUGGCUCAUCACCUUCUGUGCAGAGUCUGGAGACUGCCUGGAGCCUCGGACAAGGCAGAAGUUGGCGGGGAUGCUGGAUGGACUGGUGAAGGUGGGCUGGCUGGACUGUGUGAACCAGGAGCAGCUGUGCGAGAGCUUCCAGGUGAGCAGUGGAGCCACAGCCUUGUUUCCCCCAGGCAGCUCUCUUGACCAGGAGGGCAGUGUCCUGUGGCUGCACAGUCUGGACAGCAGAGAGAUCUACCAGCAAGUCCUGGAGCACUUGCCCCACCUUGAGCUGCUCAGCAUCCACAACUUCCAGAGCAAGCUGGCUCGGCACCGCUGGCUCAUUAGCUUCUCUUUCGGAGACAACAAUACAUCUUUGAACGAAUACAAGAAACUGCAGGCCCUCCUCCGCAACGACCACAUCCAGGUGGGCAGAGUGGACUGUGUGGCCGAUGCUGAACUCUGUCAGUCUCUGUACAUCCACAAACCCUGCGUGGCUGUGUUUAAAGGAAUGGGCAUCCACAACUUUGAGAUCCACCACGGUAAGGAUGCGCUGUACAACAUUGUUGCAUUUGCACGGGACAGUGUGAGGGCUCAUGUCACCACCCUGAGGCCAGACAACUUUCCAUCCAAUCAGAAGGAGCCCUGGCUAGUGGACUUCUUUGCACCGUGGUGCCCCCCCUGCCGUGCCCUCCUCCCAGAGCUCCGGAAGGCCUCCAUCCAGCUGGCGGGACAGAUGAGGUUUGGGACCCUGGACUGUACCAUCCACCACCACCUCUGCUCCAGGUAUAAUGUCCAGGCAUACCCCACCACAGUUAUCUUCAAUGGCUCCUCUAUGCACGAGUACGAGGGCCAGCACUCUGCAGAUGGCAUACUAGAGUUCAUACAGGACUUGGUGCAGCCCUCAGUGGUGGUGCUGGAUCCUGAGAGCUUCACAAAGAAAGUCAAAGGGAGGUCAGAAGGCGAGGUGUGGGCUGUAGACUUCUAUGCUCCAUGGUGUGGGCCCUGCCAGAUGCUGAUGCCAGAGUGGAGACGCAUGGCCCGGCUUGUGUCGGGUCAGAUCAACGUGGGCUCUGUGGACUGUCAACGCUUCCAGACCUUUUGUCAGAGUGAGGGAGUGAGAGCCUACCCUGAACUGCGCCUGUACUCAACGGGCUUCAAGAAGAUGCACCAGUUUACAACUUAUAAUGGCUGGCACAGAGAUUCCCAGUCCCUGCGCUCCUGGGUUCUCAGUUCAUUGCCUCGUGCAUCAGUGGACCUGACUCCAGACUCAUUCAGGACCCUGGUGCUUCAGGGAGACCAGCACUGGGUCCUAGAUUUCUUUGCCCCGUGGUGUGGGCCCUGCCAGCACUUCGCCCCAGAGUUUGAAGUUCUUGCUCGAAGCCUUAAAGGGAAGGUCCGGGCAGGCAAAGUGGACUGUCAGGCACACUACCAGCUCUGCCAGACAGCAGGGAUCAGUGCAUAUCCCACUGUCCGCUUCUACCCUCACCAAGGCAUGCACAGGAGUGCAUAUGGAGGGGAAUACAUAAACAGCCGAGAAGCCAGUGUGAUUGCUGACAUCAUCAGAAUGAGACUGGAGAAGCUAACACCACGCUUUAACAGCCAAACCAAGGACGAGCUCUGAUGCGUGCGAAGGGGGGCAGCAGUCAUGCAUGCAACCCCCAGGAUGUCACUGGUCAUUGGGUGAACAGUUGGUGAACACUCCCUGAAGCUGCUGGAUGGAUGGACACUAUGCAGAGCCAUAUUUACUCUGUGAUGUAAGACACUGGAGCUCUGAAGAGUCAUUUUACUGAUUGUGUGGAAACUGUUGGGACUUUCCAAAUAAAGGUUUUUACUUUUUAA